CUCUGCAGGGUUUCCUCCUCCUCAGUCCAGAGGAAUAUCUCCAAGUCCGAGGGGGUUACUGCUGCUGCUCCGACGGGCUGCGAUCGGCUCUCAUCAUCCGAGGGGGAUGGUGGCCGCGCCGCGCGUCCACGCAACUCUUUCUCAAUGUUUGGCGUUUUUCGCAGGCGAGCAUCUUGACUUGUGAUCGAGAGAGACGCGGACUGCAGCAGCCCUCCAAAAAAAAAAAAAAAAAAGAAAAAGAAAAAUCCCCUCUUUCACAUGGAGAUUUGUGCCUCGUUUGUGCUGCAAAUCUUGAGAACGGGCACCGGGGCCCUGCUGGUUUUUCCUCCGCCGCCCUCAGCCUCGAUUCCUCUCAUUCGAAAAAAGGCAGAACACAAACAGCAGAUGAACUAUGAAUGGUGAACAAAAUGAUCUCCUCCCUCCAGCGCCAGACAAUGAGAGGUCGUAGGCUGAAGGGGGCGCUGUCCAACCCCCUCUUUGUGCUGCUCCUGGCCCUCCAGAUCCUGGUGGUGGCCGGGCUGGUGAGAGCUCAGACCUGUCCUUCCGUCUGCUCGUGCAGCAAUCAGUUCAGCAAAGUCAUAUGCACCCGCCGCAGCCUGCGCGACGUCCCGGAUGGCAUUUCCACAAACACUCGCUACCUGAACCUCCAGGACAACCUCAUCCAGGUCAUCAAGGUGGACAGUUUCAAACACCUGCGACAUCUGGAGAUCCUGCAGUUGAGCAAAAACCACAUUCGCAACAUUGAAAUUGGCGCUUUCAAUGGACUGGCCAGCCUCAACACCUUGGAGCUCUUUGAUAAUCGGCUCACGACAAUCCCAAAUGGAGCAUUUGAGUACUUGUCCAAGCUGAAGGAACUGUGGCUACGGAACAACCCCAUUGAAAGCAUUCCAUCUUAUGCCUUCAACCGGGUGCCCUCGCUCCGAAGGCUGGAUCUAGGUGAGCUCAAACGUCUCUCCUACAUUUCUGAGGGGGCCUUCAAGGACUUGAGCAACCUGCGAUACCUGAAUCUGGGAAUGUGCAACCUCAAGGAGAUCCCCAACAUCUCGCCCCUGGUGAGGCUGGAGGAGCUGGAGAUGUCUGGAAACCAGCUGUCCGUUGUGAAGCCCAGCUCCUUUUUAGGAUUGGUGAACCUCCAGAAGCUGUGGAUGAUGCACGCCCAGGUCCAGACCAUCGAGAGGAAUUCCUUCGACGACCUCCAGUCCAUGGUGGAGCUCAACCUGGCUCACAACAACCUCACCUUUCUACCACACGACCUCUUCACGCCGCUUCACCGCUUGGAGCGGGUCCACCUCCACCACAACCCCUGGAACUGCAACUGUGAUAUCCUGUGGCUCAGCUGGUGGCUGAAGGAGACGGUGCCGGCCAACACCAGCUGCUGCGCCCGGUGCCAUUCCCCCGCGGUCUUCAAAGGCCGCUACAUCGGGGAACUGGACCACAGCUACUUCCAGUGCGACAUUCCCGUCAUCGUGGAGCCACCCAGUGACCUCAACGUGACGGAGGGCAUGGGCGCCGAGCUCAAGUGUCGCACGAGCUCGCUGACGUCCAUCAGCUGGCUGACGCCAAACGGCUCGCUGGUGACCCACGGGGCUUACAAGGUGCGCCUGUCCGUCCUCAACGACGGGACGCUGAACUUUACCAGCGUCACGAUGCAGGACACCGGGACUUACACCUGCAUGGUGAGCAACACGGCGGGCAACAUUUCUGCCUCUGCCGUGCUUAAUGUCACUUCCGUGGAAAACAGCGGGGUGACCUACUUCACCACGGUCACCGUGGAGACCAUUGAGACCCCCGGGGAUGACAGCCAAACGCCGCUUCCCCCGUUCGGCUGGGUGUCGUCCUCCACGACGAGAGGCACUCCCGUCUCGACGAAGACCACGGAGCGGACUUACACGAUUCCGGUCCUCGACCUCGACGGGGACGGAGCCCACAACGGCCUGGACGAGGUGAUGAAAACCACAAAGAUCAUCAUCGGCUGCUUCGUGGCCAUCACGCUCAUGGCUGCCGUCCUGCUGGUCAUUUUCUACAAGAUGAGGAAGCAGCACAACCAGCAGGACCCCGAUGGCCCCGCCUCCUCCAUGGAGGUCAUAACAGUUGAAGAGGAGCUCGCAGGUGUCGCUGCCAUGGAGAGGCACCUGUCGAUGCCCCCCCUGGAGCACUACAACCACUACAACACCUACAAGAGCUCCUACCACCACGGCCCUAUGCUCGGCACCAUACACAGCUCGGUCACACAGGAACCUUUACUGAUUCAAGCCUGCUCAAAAGACAAUGUACAAGAGACCCAGAUCUGAUCUAGAAUUUGACUAAGCAUCCAGUAUCAGCAGUUUCAUACCAGGAGUACGAUGGACCAAAACCUGGAGGUGAAAAGAGAGUCUGAAUUACAUUGACUUGACAAAAGGUGAUGGCGAUGAAUCAGCAUUUGGCAAAGGGACAACAUGUGAUACUUUGACGAGUGUCUUUACAAAAACAAAGAUUAUUUAUUAUAAGUACGUCUAGUGGCUAAAUGAAGAAAAAACUUUUGUGAUAGCUUUUUAGCUCAUUUUAUUUCUCUCUCUCUCUCUCUCUCUCUCUUUCUCUCCCUCUGUGUGCGUGUGUGUGUGUAAUACUGCACAAGGGAAGGAAUGGUUUACAAAAUCUGAAUGCGUAAUCUAUCAAAUGCAGCUCGUACAAUUUGGCACAAUUUGGCCUUGAACAAAAACGGAUGCAAUGCCGCUGAUGUCAUACUUGAUGAUUUGACCCCGAUCAUAUGUUUCGUUGAAAGUGGGUUGCUUCGGCGUCUACAAGCGUCUACGAGCGCUCCUGCUGCUGCGGGAUACCACGUCCAAUUUCGGCAGAGGUUUAAGAGAGACAAAAACCCCGAAUGGGGUCAUGUUCGUUGCCUUCAUAUUCAAGCUGUCACUCAAUGCAAAACGGGUCCUUUUAAUGACACGGCUCCGGAUGAUAUCACAGUGAAGCCAGCAUGCCUGAGGAGCACAGCAGCCAAAUUAGUAACUGUGCAUUUCCCCCCGCGGCUCCUAAACAACAGCCAUACGUCCUUCACUUUAAUUAAGAUUAGGUUCCCGCUCCCUCCCCCCUCCUUCCCACCGCUUCUCUUUACGCGUCAAACCCCCGUUACUUCCUGCCUCUCUUCUCCACUGCUCCUCUCUCCUCUUGUCUGAGCGCCUCGCCCACCCCCCCCCCCGCCCCCCCAUCCACCCUCUCCUC